GAGCGGCGCGCCGCAGCGCCGAACACGCAGACACACACGUGGGCGCCUGCCGACCGGACGCUACGGCACGUGGCCGCUGCUGCAACAUCCACCCGGCUCACAGGUUGCAGGACGCUGAACGAGGACUCUGUACCAGCACCCAGCGCCAGCCGCCGAGCAGCACAAACGCACAACGUCAAGAACCUGUAAUUCAUCACUGAAGGUCAUUUGAACACCGCUUCAGCAUGGACAAAGAGGGCAUAGUGGCCAACAACCACACUUCCGCCAUGGAGAUGGAAGAGUUCCUGCCGAAGGACGGCUCCGACAUGAAGGACAACGCGUACACUGGCAAGUAUAAAGUGACGGUCGCGCCGGCUGCCCCGAAAGAUGUGGAGGCGUCGGAACCGCUUUCGCCGGACGGUCGGCUCCCACCUUGGGACCCUCUCACCGACCGUAAGAUUGCUGGCGCCACAAGUGACUGUGAUACACUGACACAUCUCCUGAAGGCAGCACUAGGCACAGGCAUCUUGGCGAUGCCAAUUGGCUUCAAGAAUGCUGGCUUGUCAAUGGGUGUGCUGGGGACCGUUCUGGCUGCUGUCGUCUGCACACACUGUGCAUAUAUACUUGUCAAGUGUGCACAUGAGUUGUAUGUCCGCACCCGAGUUAGUGCCAUGAGCUUCCCAGAUGUUGGUGAGGUUGCCUUCGCCAAUGGUCCUGAGUGGGCCAAGAAGUUCAGCCGCACAGCUAGGCUCACCAUCAUUAUAGGUUUGUUUGCAACAUACUUCGGCACCUGCAGUGUGUACACAGUCAUUGUGGCCAACAACAUUCAACAGGUAGUGGAGCACCACACAAAUUCAACAUUAGACCAACGCUGGUAUAUAGCAGGAACACUGCCACCACUUCUCCUGCUUGGCUUUGUACCCAACCUGAAAUGGCUUGCGCCAAUAUCCAUGAUUGCCAAUUUAUUCAUGGGUGCUGGCUUGGGUAUUACAGUGUAUUAUCUGGUCCAGGACCUACCAUCUAUUUGGGAUCGUGUGCACUUUGGCCACCCUUAUGGCCUGCCUCAGUUCUUCAGCAUUGUCAUUUUUGCCAUGGAAGCAGUCGGGGUUGUAAUGCCACUUGAGAACAACAUGAAGACUCCUAGGCACUUUCUUGGAUUGUGUGGUGUCCUUAACCAGGGCAUGACUGCAAUUUGUUUGAUUUAUACACUGAUUGGGUUCCUUGGAUACCUCAAAUAUGGUGAUGAUACUAAAGGCAGCAUCACACUCAACUUACCUGUGGAGGAAAUCGCUGCUCAGUCUGUAAAAAUUCUAAUUGCACUCGGAGUUUACUGCACGUAUGGCCUGCAGUUCGUUGUGCCACUUGAAGUGUCCCUAAAUGCUGUGAAAGACAAGUUUCCUAACAGACCUGUCCUAGUUUCAUAUACUGUGAGGACAAUCCUUGUUAUUGCAUCAGUUGUUCUGGCGGUUGCAGUGCCCACAAUAGGUCCUUUCAUUUCUCUUAUUGGUUCUCUAUGCUUCUCCUUGCUGGGUCUCAUAAUACCAGCAUUUAUUGAAGUCAUCACAUACUGGGAUAAUGGACUAGGACCAUUCAGAUGGCGACUUUGGAAAAAUGUGCUGGUCAGUGUGUUUGGAUUAAUGGCACUGGUGUUUGGUACCUAUACAAGCCUGGAAGAAAUCAUUGAACUAUAUACAAGUACUGAGAAAUUAUAGAUGUUGUUAAACCUGAAGACUGACUUUAACCAUUUAAAAGAUGCUGACAUGAUGUAAUUUCAAAAGUUACAUGCAUCUGCAGGAUCUAUAUUGCAGUUCUUGGUACUUAUCCAAUGAGACUGUAAGGAUGGAAUGUGUUUGGUGGAACUGUAAAGACUCAGUGUUUAUUUGGUGGAACUGUGAUGUAUGAUGAAACAUUGAGUAUUGGUGGAAAUAAAAGGACACAGAAAGAUUCAAGCAAACUGCAUUGGAUAUGCAGUUUUAAUGAAGUUCCCAGGAUUUUUUAUCCUGGAUUAAUUUAAUAAAUGAGAAUGGUGGUGUACUAAGCACAUAAAUAUUUGUGUGUGUGUAUGUGUGUGUGUGUGUGUGUGUGUGUGUGUGUAAAUUGAAAUAAAUACAUCUGUGUGUUGUUGGAAGGAGUGAUUUAAUUGCAAGUGGCUUUUUAAUAUCUCAAAUAUAUCUUUUUAAUAUGUAUGAUUUCAUGGCAAUAUAUUGUUAUAUU